AUGGCUCCACUUCUUCUUAUCAAUGUUUCAAAUAUUCUAGCAUAUUUUUUUCUUUUAGGUGAUAAUAUAUAUACAUACAUUCAAGCUGGGGAGGACAGCCCUUAUCUUCAAGCACAUCUUACAUACAUUUCUCCUGCUAUUUUUACCUUCUAUAUAUGGAUACCUAUUCAAAUCUUGUUAGGCGGUUUUGCUAAAGAACAUGUUACCACUAUUCAUUGGAAUUUUGUUGGUAUUGUUGCGCUAAACUGCUUAUGGCUUAAUUUUUGGGAAGAAGAUCUGAUUACUUUAUCUUUGGUUGCAAUUAUUUUGAUGGUCCUUCAAUUAUCCUAUAUUUACCGCGAGCUUGAGUUUACGUAUCUACCUUAUGAACUUGAAGACGACCGAAUAGACGUUAUACUUGACGUAGUACUUAUUCAUUUGCCAUUCUCUUUGUAUCACUCAUGGUCUGUAGUGUUGUUGGCUAUUACAACCUUUACUAUAUUUUUACCUAUAAAAUUGGAUGAAACUCCAAAUUUGGUUGAAAUAGCUGCUGUAAUAGUUGUUUUGAUAUGUUUUGAAUUAUUGGCGAUUAUGUAUAUUUCAGCUAAUAAUGAUUUUGCCGGUUUCGCUGGAUAUUCG